GUUAUCCUCGUGUUUUUCGGCCGCGCCGCGCGAAUCCGCCCGCGUUUCUCGCGUCGGUUCUCGCGUCGGGAAUUUUUGAUUGUUUUUUUUUUCCCUUCUUUCCUCCACCUCUGUCAUCCAUUAGUAAAUAGGAAAGAUGGCAGCAGAUUAUUGCGCUUUUUUCCCGUACUUUCGUCCCGGGGCGGACAUUUUUCCCGGGACAAUCACCGCGGGUGAGCCGGGAACGGUUGUUCUCGCCGAAAAUCCUAACGAAAUCACCCGCCGAGCGCGUUUUCACGAGCGAAAUCCGCCGCGUUUCACGUUUUUUGAAUGAAACACCGCCGUUGACGGGACGUACGCGAUUCGCGACGGGUUUUUACACGGGCUCUCGUCGCCCUCCGCGCGAGACUCGCCGCUCGGACGAGCGUUUUGCCGGAAAAGCUCCUUCGCUCCUCGUCCCCGUGCUUAACCUAUGAGUGCGGAGAUCGGAUCCGACGUAAAUAAACAAGACGUCGCGCGCUGAAUCUCUCGGAAACUCUGGAGAAUCGCGCGGAAGCUUAUCGCGAUGAUCGCUAUCGACGAGAUGGAGCAGAGGGAUCUCCCACAGGCAUUCCGCCUGCUGGGGGAGAUGAAUGCCAAUGUUCUGCAGGUGAACCAGCUCGUGGACAAUAUGCUGGUGCGCGUGAAGAACGGCGAGAUCUCCACGGAUAAGGGUCUGAGUUUUCUCGAGAUGAAGUAUCACAUGUUACUCUCCUAUCUUAUCAAUCUCACCUACGUGGUAUUGAGAAAAUGUUCCGGCGAGCGUAUCGAGGGUGAUCCGUCGAUCGAUCGUCUGAUCGAGAUCAGGACUGUCCUAGAGAAAAUCCGACCAAUAGAUCACAAGCUCAAGUACCAAAUAGAUAAGCUCGUCAAGACUGCGGUAACCGGUACCAUCAACAGCGACGACCCCAGUAACUUUAGGGCGAAUCCCGAUGCGCUGGUCGCAAAACUCGACGGCGAGGACUCCGACAGCGAUCAGGAGGAGGAGACGGACGGCUUCAAAUCAACAACGCAACAGUCUAGGAAGUCUAACGUUUAUGUGCCGCCGAAACUCGCUGCGGUCCAUUAUGAUGGCGAUGAAACAAUGGCGGAGAAGAUGCGCAAGGCCAGCGAGAGAGCUCGUAGACGUGCUGUGUCGAACACAGUUUUGCGAGAGUUGAAGGAGGAGUAUCUAGACGCGCCUGUGGAAGACAGCCAGGGUCUGGGCGAGAAGCGGGCGAUUUUGGUGCACGAGGACAAACGGAAGAUCGAAUACGAAGAGAAUUAUAUGACACGCUUGCCCGUCACCAAGCAAGAGAAACACAGGCGUCGUCAGAUGACGACUCUGGGCACUCUCGGCGAAGAAAUCACCACUUUCGGCGAGUCAUCCGCCAAAUCCGCCAAAAAGAGAAAAGCUCAGAGGAAGGGCAAGGCUAAAAAGAGUUUCAAGAAAAAGCGGCAUCAUUAAGUAACGACUUCGGGACUUUGGCGAGACCUGGAGUUUCAUACAGCAUUAACGAUUAAGGUAAAAGGCAAAAAAUAAAUUUAUUCGACUUCUUCUUCGAAACAAAAAGCAGAUGCCACUAAUACUCGUUACUAAGUUAAGCUAAAAAUAACGUCGUAACGUCUAGUAAUUUAAAAAAAAGGGCAACGUGUCGACGGAGUAAAAAUAGCACGAUGGUAAUUUAUUACUGUAUAAGACAUACUAAUGGUCGUGUAAUUGAUAAUUCUAGUUAAUAAUGAUUUUAAUCUUUAACUGUUGUCUGAGAGAGAUCAAUUUUGAUCUGUGGAGUUGAGAGAUGAGAUCCAUCGCAAAAAGAAUGGUAUUCUACGCGAGCGUAAAAAACGUGGCGAGUGAAACGACGUCAAACAUGAUGGCACAUACGAGCUUAAAUGGAAAUUAUGUGUCGUAAUAGGGUAAUAUUGUAUCGUAAUGUUGGAUCGAGUAGCGGAUUAACGGCUCCAAGAUUGAAAAUUGUGAAUUACACGUAAAAGUUGAAAGCAGAACAUUUUUCUGCUUUAUUUUGAAAUAUUCUCCGGCUAUAUAGGGAAAGAGAAGAAGGGAGGAAAUCAGUAAACGCAUAGCAGGAGAGACGCGAUAUUGAAUUAAUUGUUAAUGGAAAGCGUAAAAAUCACAAGACAUUCAGCCCAAGUUGGAAAAUUCAAGAUUAAAAAAAGAAGAAACGAGAGAAGAGGAGACAAAAAAGAAACACAUUUAUCUCUAGGAACUUUGCACACAGUCGACGCAACUUGUAAAACGAGCAAAAAGAAAGAAAAAAAACGAGCAAAAAACGAUAUUUCGUCGAUAUCGCAUGUCUUAGGAUUUUCUCGCUGUCUUAGAGUAGUGAAGUAGUUACUAGUUUUACUAUAUUAUAUGUAUGUUUCGUUUGUGUUUUUCCCCUGGUGAAACUGUUGAGGCUAUUAUAAAAAUAUUUGGAUGUGAGUCAUGUUUUUACGUUAAGUUUCAUUUCUCUUUUCUUUUAUUAUUAUUAUUACAAUGUGCUUGUGCAUUGUAUUUAUAUAUAUGUUGUUUUUGCGUUGGAUUUAAGUCGUUAAACUUAUAUUGAUGGUAAUAUAAGGAUAACACGAGCGUGUCAAAAUUCAAAAUUGUCGUCAUGUUCUCAGAUUUGAUUUUGAUUGACUGAUUGUUUGAUUUCUCGGAGAGAAAAAAAGAGAGAGAGAGAGGGGGGGAGCCUGUCAUAUCACAUAUACGAUAAGAAUAGACGAACGGACGGACGAACGUACAAACGAACAAAGGAAAAAGGACUUUAGGGCGAUAAUCACUUCUGCAAACCGAUAAAAUAGGAUAUUUGUACAAUCAAACCGCGCGCAUGGAAUCGUGGGAGGAGGGGGAGGAAUCGCGUUAAUCGAUCCCCCUUAAAUAUAUAGGUUGCAUUUUUUUAACGUUGUUAUAUCGUGUAUCAACGAGCGGGUGGGAGCCUCGUUUGCGUCCCCUCCCCCCGCGAGUGUGAAAUGUUCCUUUUUAAAAUAGCGAGGAGAAGAGUCGAGCGACAUAUACGUUGUUCUAUACAGAGACUAUAUACGUUAGAAAUAUAUGCGUUAUAUAGCUCAUAUUGCUCACAUUCCGUGCAGAAGUGAUCUCCCUUCAACCCCCCUUCCCCCUUCUUCCUCCGCGAAAAAGUAAACUAAACUCGAACUUCGCUGCGUAUGCUGGCCAAGGGCUCAACCAUCCAUAGAUAUUAUAUUUUUUACAGAAGUGUUCAUAGAUUGAGCCAACUUGGCGCGGCGCCGACGAUGUGUCGCACGCCCUCCCCCUCUCUCUCCCCGACGAUCUCUGCGAGAACGAAUUAAUUAAAGGAGAAAAAAAAAAGAAAAAAAUGUGAUAAUGAUUAUUCAUGAAAUAAUAGUUAAAGAGAAACUUAAACAAAAUAGCACAAUCGCUGGGCAUUAUUUACAAAGUGCUAGCAAGCCUAAUGUCAGCAGCCUUGUCGUAUUUGGUAUUAAAAGAAAAUGAAGCUUGAAGACGUCGAAUUUUGUACGGACGGGACUUCUUCUUCGCUCUUCUAAAGAAUCACCCACGCGGCUGAUAACGAUUGUUUCGUCACGCGCGCGAAAACGACGGAACGUCUCGAGUCUGUCCGAUAUUCGGCGUCCUCGGGCUUCGUUGCAUAGAUGAUAAUUUUGUGAAGCGCACUUAUAACCGACGCGAAUUACGAGCCCAAAAGGAAAGAUGCAAUUCCGAUCUUUGCGACUCUCAAGUUUCGAUUACUGCCGAUUACCAAUAGUGUAUCAAUAGCGAACGAGAUUUUUUGCAAUAGACGAAACAUACUCCUCCUACAAGGCCUGAAAUAUUUGUAUUCUAUAUACGCUGGAUUUUUUAUACGUACACACACACGCGCGCGCGCGCGCGCGCAUAUAUUUAUACAUAUAUAUGUACCUACUUUGGGCUCGCGGUCGCAAGUGUGAUAAGAUGCGCGAAAGGAGUAUUCAUACGAUACACACAUAUCCACACGCAACAUAUAGAAGCAGCAAGGUAAUAGGAUUAUUACAUUUAAUACACUACCUCAAAUCAAUAGAAAUAUGGAUUUACAGUAAUAAAAGAAAAAUAAAUUCCACAGCGGACAACUUAUACAUUUUUUUUUCUACACACGUACCGGCCACCGACGUUAUUUUUUACGGGAUCGCAAAAUCUCGCUUCGUCGAGAGAUGCGCGUAUAAUAGACUUUUAUUCGUGUAGAUUUUUAUUCUCGAGUAUGAAAUAUCGCCUCUAUAUAUGAUAAUCCUGAGAGACACGAGAAUAAGGAGUUUUUAUUAAUUUUAUCAACAAGAAAUUCUGUGGAAAUUUAGAGAUUUCUAUUUGUUGAGUCUGUAUUAUAGAAGAAUGCAGCUUGUAUUUAAAUUCCUUUGUUCAUUCUACAAGUACGUUUCAGUACAAAAGAGAGGGAAAGAGAGAGAGAGAGCGAUAAAUUCACCGAUCGAUUUUGUGCACUUGAAGAUCUACACUGUGUUUCUCAGGAUUAAAAGAGAGACGGACCUACAAAUGUACAAAUGUAUUAGAAAAGUGUAUUGUGUAAGAGCGUUGCCGCUGCGGAUUUUUAAGAGAAGUAGUCCUUCAAAUCCAACAACGCUGCCGAAUGCCGAACUGAAAAAAAUGAAAGAAAGAAAGAAAAGUAUCAAGAAGAAAAGUAUCUUUGCAGCAGAGACGAGAUGAUGAUAGGGAUGAUUUAUUGACUACAUUCAUAGUCUUUGAAGAGAGAGUACGAUGUUUGAUUUAUAUAUUGGUGAAUUUUUCUCUCUGUAAUUUUAUGUGUACUAUAUAAAUGACAAUUCUCAACGUAUGUGAGCAAGAGAGAUAAUUGCGAGAAAGAAGAGCGAGAGAAAAAAAUAAAGGGAGAGAAAGUGAGAGAGAGAGAAAGAGAGAAUGUGUGUGUUUACCUUGUACAUUUACAAAUUGUGGUUAUUACGAAUGAAUUAUGAUUAUUAAUUAUUAUUAUUAUUAUUAUCACGGAUUAUACUAUGAUUAUUAUUAUCAUCAUGUAGAAUGCUUCUUACUGACUGAAUAAAAUGUUUUCAAUGUCA